GGAAGUAGUUCGCUUGGUAAGGGAGCGGCGGGCCUGUCAGACAGUGACACCGAGAGACAGAUCUGACCCCUCCCUGCCAUCCCCCGUCAGGAGCAGCCAUGAUCCUGCUGGAGGUCAAUAACCGGAUUAUUGAGGAGACUCUCAACCUCAAAUUCGAAAAUGCUGCGGCUGGGAACAAACCAGAGGUUGUAGAAGUGACAUUUGCAGACUUCGAUGGAGUUUUAUAUCACAUCUCCAAUCCAAAUGGCGAUAAAGCUAAACUUAUGAUCAGUAUUUCCCUGAAAUUCUACAAGGAGCUUCAGGAGCAUGGCACGGAUGAGGUCCUAAAUAAAGUUUAUGGAAGUUAUUUGGUGCCUCCUGAGCCUGGUUACAAUGUUUCCUUACUCUAUGACUUGGAGUCCUUACCCCCAAACAGAGAGUCAGUUGUUCACCAAGCUGGCAUGCUAAAACGCAAUUGCUUUGCCUCUGUAUUUGAGAAGUAUUUUAAGUUCCAGGAAGAGGGGCGUGAUGGAGAAAAGAGAGCAGUGAUUCAUUACAGAGAGGACGAGACUAUGUAUGUGGAAGCCAAGAAGGACCGGGUAACAGUUGUAUUUAGCACAGUUUUUAAAGAUGAUGACGAUGUGGUGAUAGGCAAAGUGUUUAUGCAGGAAUUUAAAGAGGGGCGUCGCGCCAGUCACACUGCCCCUCAAGUGCUUUUCAGCCACCGGGAGCCACCUCUGGAGUUGAAAGACACAGAUGCUGCAGUUGGGGACAAUAUUGGAUAUAUCACAUUUGUGCUUUUUCCUCGUCAUACAAAUGCCAAUGCAAAAGACAACACCAUCAAUCUUAUCCACACAUUCCGGGACUACCUGCAUUACCACAUCAAGUGCUCCAAGGCUUAUAUUCACACUCGCAUGAGGGCGAAAACGUCGGACUUCCUUAAGGUCUUGAACAGAGCUCGCCCAGAUGCAGAGAAGAAAGAAAUGAAAACUAUAACGGGCAAGACAUUUGCAACUCGCUGAUCAUACAAACUGAAACUUGUGGCAUCAAGUAACAUCGUUCCUUCAACUGCCGAAGAAAAUCCUGAAUGGUUCCUGUUUGAUUCUUGUUCUGGGGUAUAAAUCCAUUAAUUCCAGUGUAUUUGAAGCUGUGCUUUGCCAAGACUGAGAGAACAAAGAAGUGUCAUUCUCAUUUUUACCCAUGUUUUUUGCUCCCCUGCCAUAUUUUGCUUAUAUAUUUACCAGAAUAUUUUUUGUCCAUUGAGAGAACAAACAUUGCCUGUCUGAAUUAAGAAAAGUGACCGUAAUGUUUUUGGAAAUGUUGAUUAAAAAUAAAUCUUUCUAUGCUGUU